GUGUUCCUAAUUAUAAAAUAAUUGAACUUAUUUGAAAUUCAAAUUUUCAAAAGAUUAGAUUGAAUUUAAUUCUAAAAUAUUCAAAUUUCAUCAAUCUUGAAUAAUUUUUCAAAGAAUUUAACACAAAUGUUACAAAAGCUAUGCUCCUAAUGAAUAAUUCAAUUUACUAAAUUUUAAAAUAUUGAAAUUUGUCAAUGUUGAAUGAUUUUUCAAAGAAUCUGACACACAUGUUACCCACAUAAACUAAUGAAAACUGUGCUUCUAAACUGCUACAAAAAAUUCUACAUUGAGAUACAUUGAAACAUAAAUAUUGAGAAUAUACUCAACCUACAUCAUGUCUCCCAAUUGACUGUUUCUCUGGCAAAAGAAAAUUCUACAAAUUUUGGUAUUGAACUGUGCUUCUGAAACACUACAAUAGAUUUUAUAUUGAGAUACAAUAAAACAGAAAUAUUGAAAAUAUUUAUCAUGUCUCUUAAUUUACUGUUUUUGGUACAAGGAUGAAUCCAAAACAGUUAGUUUUUGGAGUAAGAAUAGUUGUAAACUGACUGGAAUGAAUUUGACAAUUUUGUUUCAAUAGUAUAAAGUGUUUUCCAAUUGACGAAAGUGACUUGCAAAGAACUUAAACUUCAAAAAUGUGUCAUUAAAAAAAACAUGUCUCUCAAUUUACUGUUUUUGGUACAAGGAAAAAUCCAAAACAGUUAGUUUUUGGAGUAAAAAUAGUUUUAUACUGACUGAAAUAGAUUUGACAAUUUUGUUUCAAUAGUAUAGUGUUUUCCAUAUAAACGAAAGUGACUUGCAAAGAACUCAAACUUCGAAAAUGUUUCAUUAAAAAUAAGGAGACAUUUUAUUUAAAAAUUGAAUAAUGUAAUUAAUAGCAUUAAAAUGUGGAAUUAAAAAUUACGAUUCAUUAUUAGUUAAUUACAUACAAUUCAUGGGAAAGUUGAACAGAUUUCUAAAGAAAAAUGAAACUCCGGUAUUAAUGAAAUUUCUGAAGAAAAACUUGACUUAUUAGGCCUACAUUGGAGAAGAAUAAAGACUUCAAGAUUGAAAGAUUGGUGUAAUAAUGUGUUGAAAGUGCUUAAGUGAAAGUGAUAUUGAUUAUACACUUCCUGACUUCAAGAAAUCAACAGAAAUGAUGAAGUUUAGAAUUGAAAUUGAAGAACAAACCAUUGAACUAGUAGAAACUCGUCUGUGAUUGGCUGUUACAAACCUGGAUUCCACCUAUAACAAACAAGAUGACGGGGAGCAACAACACGACAGAGAUAGUCUACGAGCAAGAAAUAAUAAAACAGAAGUACCAGCAAUGUAUGGUGCAACUGGAAUUGAGCAACCAGACUGGGCCGCAUUUAGAAGUUAUAGCACAUAAGGACUGUACAGCGAAUGGCACCUGGUUUAAGCACCCUAUAUCAGGGCUGGUCUGGUCCAACUACACCACAUGUGUUAAUAUGGAAGACCUCGAUUGGUCUCAGAAAAUCAACACAUUGUAUGAGACGGGAUAUGCCAUAUCUCUAGUUGCAUUACUAUUAUCUCUGAUAAUACUAUCCUAUUUUAAGUCAUUACGAUGUCCUAGGAUAACCUUGCAUAUGAACUUAUUCACGUCUUUUGCCAUCAAUAAUCUGCUAUGGUUAUUAUGGUAUAGACUGAUUGUGCCAUAUCCUGACAUUGUCAAACAAAAUGGGGUCUGGUGUCAAUGUCUGCAUGUGAUUCUCCAUUACUUCCUGCUAACGAAUUACUCUUGGAUGUUUGGGGAAGGAUUCUACCUGCAUACUUUGCUGGUCUCUGCAUUCAUAUCCGAGGAGAGACUGGUGAAAUGGCUGACCAGACUGGCUUGGAUUAUACCAUUCAUUUUCAUCACAAUCUACAUGAAACUAAGACUGUUUUUCGGACAAACUGAUAAAUGUUGGAUAGAAGACAGUCCGUACAUGAGUGUGUUGACAGUGCUGGUCUGUUGCUCCAUGGUUCUCAACCUGAUCUUCCUGUGUAACAUAGUCAGGGUCCUCCUCACCAAACUCAGGUCGACCCCUUCAGGCAUGGCCUCCUCCACCUCCCAGGCUCCAUCCAGGUCACUGCUGCAGGCCUUAAGGGCGACCUUACUGCUUCUGCCCUUACUUGGCCUCAACUAUCUGGUGACACCCUUCCGACCUCAUAAGGGUCACCCAUGGGAAAAAUACUAUGAGCUGACAUCGGCUAUCACUGCAUCGUUCCAGGGCCUAUGUGUGGCAACACUAUUCUGCUUCUGUAAUGGUGAGGUAAUAGCUCAGAUAAGGAGGAGAUGGCAGUAUAUAAUGUUCAGACCUAGAGCCAAUUCCUACACUGCCACAACCGUUUCGAAAAAGCGUUCUUGGAAUGGCAUGGAUCCCAGCAUGAAUCAUUCUCAAAACCAUGACAAUAAACGUUUGCUUUUUGUACGUUCAACCGCGUGCCCCAACACAGGGGAAGAUAACGUUUAACUUCGUCUUCAAAAUAUUUUGAAAAAAUCUUCAAAUUGUACAGUUGUUGUUUGUUAAGCUACUAGUCUAUUAUCACUUGUUAAGUAUCCUACAAUUAUAUUGUCAUACAAGUCGAUGUGAAAUACAGUGACUCGGUUGCACAGAGGUCAGUUAAAUUUUAACCGUGAUUGAAUGUCACGUGAACCAAUUAUAGAAAGCUUCUUAAUUUUUUUGAAUUUAGGGCUAGUUAUUCUUAUUUUUUAUAGAAUAUUAUUAUAGUUCCUUUUUUGAAAUCGAUAAAAUAUUGAUGUAUUUUUAAUCUACUAUUCAAUCAAUUUUAUUAUUUUUUAUUUUAUUAUUUUAUACUUUUGAUUAUAAAAUUAUGUAUUUUAUUUUAUUAUGUUUUGAAUAUAUAUUAAUUGUAUGGCAA